AUGAGGAGCAUUGGUGGGACCCUGUGUCUUAUCCACCCCUCUGGCCUGGGGGGCACUCUGGUUCCGUCAAGGUUGCUUGCCCACCCCCGCUGUUUCAGCAGCUGUCACCUGACUCGUGGACUCUGCCCUUCCUCUCUGUGCCCUCCGCUGGUGCGGGGGACGCCUGCAUGCCCUCUGGGGGCCAGCCAGCCUCACCCCCAGGUCGGGGGGAGCCCCUCAGCCACGUGCUUCGUGCCUCCAAAGCCCCCCGUCCUCACUCCAGGCCUCAGACCUGCCAUCCUUUGUGGAGCUCCCCCUGAUCCCAGCCAAGCCAAACCUGAACUCUGGGGGCAGGGCUGGGCUGCCCCAUAG